AUCAGCAGGACCGACACACACUCAUCACAGUCUUCAAGUCUCUUGUCUUUCAUGACAUCAUGAGUUUAGCUGUUUGUGGUUGUCAUGGUGACGUGGCCGGUCCUCGACCUCCAGUGCCAGGUGAGGAGGACCGUGAGGUGCUCCAGGUCAAAGAUGAUGGGCAGUUCUUCAGUAAGACGUCGUCUCAUUGGUCAGAGGGUUGGACAGCCAUGCCCCGCAGAGAUUUAGGGUUUGAGCUGGAGGGCAGUGCAUCAUGGGAUGGCCCGUAUGAACCCUGGGCUGAGACUCUCCUCACGUUGUUGGGCGAUCAGGACGGUACGAUGCUCUUCCAGCAGUUUCUGCAAGGUCUGGGCUGCUCUGAGCUGCUGGAUUUCUGGUUCGCCUGCAGUGGCUUUCAGAAGUUUCCCGCCGGCGACACUGAGCGACGACUCAAACUGGCCAAAGCCAUAUACCGCUGUUACCUGUCUGAGCGCAGCCGCAGUGCCGUGUCACGUCAGGUCGCCACGGUGACGAGGUGUGGCGUGAUGGACGCCAUACGGCGCUCGCAGCUGGACUCCGCCCUGUUUGCACAGGCGCAUGCUGAGGUGCAGACGGUGCUGGAGCACAACCUGUUCCCGCUCUUUCUCAGAUCGGAUGCGUAUAUAAAACACACACAGAGCGACAAUCAGACGCUCACAAAACUCACAUCAUCAACAGACCAACAAAACACAGUGUUACCACGACAACCGGACUCUCCUUCUCUGGGUUCUAAAACUGAGAUCCUCCCUUCCUACAACACAGCCAAUCAGAAGAGCAGUCGAAGGAGUCGUCAACACAUCAGAACAACACGAGACAGAGAGAAGACACACAAACACCUGCCGCACACACCUGUGAAGAUGAGGACACACACUUUCAUAUCUGAACUGAUGAGACGUUUACAGGAGCUGCAUGCUGCGGAAGAGGAUGCUGAUGUCACUGACAGAACCUCAUUAUGUCAUUCUCAAUGGACGAGGGAUAGCUCCGCCCACUCUCUCUGUUACUAUGAUACAGAACAUGACAUCAACACAUGUGAAGGACACACACACUCCACGGACACACAGCAUUCUGGCAGGUGUGCAGGUUUGACAGUUGUGUAUUAUUUGUGUGGUGAGGUGAUACCGUACAGGACGUGUGUUCAGGGGAACACCGUGACUCUCGCUCAGUUUAAAUCCCUCAUCAUGACCCACAGAGACUCGUACAGCAGGUUUUUCUUCAAGAGCGCGAGCAGCGAGUUUGACUGCGGUGUGGUUUAUGAGGAGAUACGAGAAGAUGAGACUGUCCUACCCACAUAUGACCACAAAAUCAUCGCUAAACUGGAGAGAAUGAACCAAUGAAUGAGUUUUUAUGAACAAAGGAUUCAGGGCACUGUUAAUAAAAGAAUAAUAAUACAGGAUUGCAAGCACAUAAAUAGAAGCUUUAUGUUGCAUAAUGGGGUUUUCUGUUGGCUACACACUCUGUUUUCAUGCUAAAUGUAUUACUAAAUAAAACCAGUCAUGCAAGACUCCAUUUGUGUUUUAUUCCCAAUAUUUCCCCAAUUUUCAUGACAGAAUUACAAUUGUUACCUUUAUUUAGUCUGUUGUUUUUCAUUUGUAUUCAGUUUUUGUCAUUUUAGUAUGUGUUGUAUUGGUUACUGUGCGCCAAUAAACCCGUCUUAAAGGGACACUUCA